UCCCAGGCGUCGGCGCAGGUGAACAAGGUGGUCUCGCACCUGAUCAAGGCUAUCCGGAUCAAGGACAGCAGCUUCGGCUCCAUCAAACUGCACAGCGCCGGCAGCUACUACGAGCACGUCAAGAUAUCUGAACCAAAUGAGUUUGACAUCAUGUUUGUAAUGCCUGUUGAAAGGCUUCAGCUGGAGGAGUCUGAUGACACUGGAGCCUUUUAUUAUCUAACAUUCAAAAGAAGUCCAAAAGAAAAAUAUUUGUUGAGGUUUGUAGAUGAAGAUGGAAAAUUAUCAGCCUUUAAAAUGCUUCAAGCACUGAGAGACAUUAUUAAACAAGAAGUAAAAAACAUUGAAGAUACGGAAGUAACUGUGACAAGAAAAAAGGCUGGAAGCCCUGCAAUAACUCUUCAGAUCAAAAAUCUUCCAUCAGAUAUAUCAGUGGACAUCAUCUUGACUUUGGAGGUUCAUCAGGGCUGGCCACCCAGCGCACAGGACGGCCUCAAAAUCAAACAGUGGCAGGGAACAAAAGUCAGGGGAAUAUUCAAAAGAGAAUCACUUUAUUUAGUGGCCAAGCAAAACAAGAGGGAAAAGGUUCUAAGAGGGAACACCUGGCGACUCUCCUUCUCUCAUGUUGAGAAGGCCAUGAUGAAGAGCCACGGCGACAAGAAGACGUGUUGUGAAGCUGGGGGACUCAAGUGCUGUAGGAAAAGUUGUCUUAAGCUUCUGAAGCAUCUCCUGGCACAACUUAAAAUGAAACAUCCAAAAGAGUUGGAAAAAUUCUGUUCAUAUCAUGUCAAAACUGCUUUUUUCCACUCCUGUGUCUUGUGGCCAGAUGAUACAGACUGGCAGUUCAGCGACCUGGAUCACUGCUUUCAGAAAUGCCUGGAAUAUUUUGUAGAUUGCCUGCAAAAUUCUCAGCUGCCUCACUUUUUUAUUCCCCGAUACAACUUGCUCAGCCUGGAAGAAAAAGCGAGCCAUCGUUUCCUUUCCAGACAAAUAAUCCACCAACUGAACAACAGAUUCCCAAUAUUUCAGGAGAGCUACUAA